AUGUAUGGCUUUGGCGUUCAGGCGCUGCCUCGGUCAGCCUUGGGAGUGGGGAGCGUGGAGGGCCGGGGUCCUCCGCCCAGUUCCAGGGUGAGAGUUUCGGCUUCGGGCUCCACCGCUCUGUGCCUCUUUUCAGGCAAGUGCCGCGGGCUCCGCACGGCCCGGAAGCUGCGCAGCCACCGGCGGGACCAGAAAUGGCACGACAAGCAGUACAAGAAGGCCCACUUGGGCACGGCGCUCAAAGCCAACCCCUUCGGGGGCGCCUCGCACGCCAAGGGCAUCGUCCUGGAAAAAGUGGGUGUGGAGGCUAAGCAGCCAAAUUCUGCCAUCAGGAAAUGUGUGAGAGUCCAGCUGAUCAAGAAUGGCAAGAAAAUCACAGCCUUUGUUCCAAACGAUGGCUGUUUAAACUUUAUUGAGGAAAAUGAUGAAGUAUUAGUGGCUGGUUUUGGCUGAAAGGGCCAUGCUGUGAGUGAUAUUCCUGGAGUUCGCUUCAAAGUUGUAAAAGUAGCCAGUGUUUCUCUUCUAGCUUUGUACAAAGGCAAAAAGGAGAGACCAAGAUCAUAAAGUGAUUCUUACAAUAAAGUUUUUCUUCAUUUAAAGAAUGUCUGACAACUCUAAGAUACCACUACACACCUGUCAGAUUGGCUAAGAUGACAGGA